AACCAAUCAUGCAUGGUUAAAGAGCAUGGGACCCAAAAAAAAAAGGGUUUCCAAAAUAGGACAAGAUAGCAUCCUCCCCCUCCAACUUCGACAGCACAGCCGACUCGGCCCCGCACAGCGGACGCGCAGCGGACGCACUGCCGGACCGCCUGCCAAUCUGCCAUGUGGCUGGCACCACAAGGACGUCGCCGUCCGACGCGCCAUUCGCGAGUUGAAUCUCGGGUCAACGCGCGCCGCGCGACCUCGCCGCGGUGACGUAUAAGUAGCCGAGCCACCGAGCCCACCAAGAUUCAUCAUGCCUGUGAUCAUCGUCGACGACGUUGGCAGCAGCAGCAGCAGCAGCUUUGGCUCGCACCAUUGCACCGCCGCGGCAGCAUGUCGUCGUCGCCGGAGACGGAGGGGAGCAGCAAGAAGUUCAAGGGCGUGCGGAAGCGCAAGUGGGGCAAGUGGGUGUCGGAGAUCCGGCUGCCUAACAGCCGCGAGCGCAUCUGGUUGGGCUCCUACGACGCCCCCGAGAAGGCCGCGCGCGCCUUCGACGCCGCCUUCGUCUGCCUCCGCGGCCCCGGGGCCGCCGGCGCGGACCUCAACUUCCCGGACUCGCCGCCGCCAUGCCGCGCCGGCGGAUGCAGCAGCGACCCGCAGGAGGUGCAGGCGGCUGCGCUCUCCCACGCCAACCGCGCCGCCGUCACGGCGCAGCAGGCGGCCGCGGCGCUCAUGGACGCCGACGACGCCCCGGCGCUGCCGUGGGACUCCGCGGUGGCGCACGGCACGGCGGGCGUUCUCGGCGCUGGCGGCGGCGCUGAGGUCGUGGCGCCCGUGCGCGCGGACGGAAGCAUCGACUGGCGGCCCGUCAUGGCGCACCCGCCGCCGCUCUUCUCCCCUACAGGCUGGGGCAGCAAUGCAUACGACUUCCUGCAGCUGCUGCCGCCGCCUCCGGUUGCGGCGGACGAGGACAUGGAGGACUACAAUAUCCAUGGCGCAAGCGCUUCUCUCUGGAGCUUCGACUUGAGAGACUCGUACUUCAGAUACUAGCAAGCUACAAGCUGUACGUACAAGGCUACGCUACAAGGUGGCGCCAUGGCGGCGCAUCUCUACACAGCUAGCUGCAUCCUGCAUUGCUACGAGGCACUAAUUACAUACUCACGACUGCUAUGAGUAUGUGAUCAACGACCUUUCUUAACAUCAUUUUGGUGAUAAUGAUAGGGUGGUAAGUGGAUUUCCCAGACUGCUAUGAGAAAGAUCGUGCAGCAAUUUUGAGGACCAGGUGUAAUAAUGAUGUGCAGCUCCCCUUUCCUUAACUUUGUUUUAGGGGAGCUAGAAAAGCUUGCAAUUCUAUGGCAUUCUGCCAACUGAUGAGGCUUACAUGUCCAACUCAUGCGCAUGCUUUCAGUUAAAGCCUAUAGGCUACACAUGUAUGUUUAUCAUAUAUAUACAUAUAUACUUGUAUACAUCUAGAUGUGUGGGAAUAUUUCUCAGGUCAUGCAUAUGCAUCCGCAACUUGCAACGUAGAUCAGGGAGCACAUCAUUUUCAAGCAUGUGCCGAAUAGUAUAUUAUCCAUCAUGUCAUGAUCCCGCUGUC